GUGUGUUGGGUGGCGUGAUCACGUGACGCCUUCAUUUCCGACACAACAAUACAGCACCGUAUUCGUCUGCAAUCUCUGUCCCGCUUUCCUCCCUCCUCCUACGCCUCUAUCUCGGUAUGGCGGAUGGUGAGAGGUCCCCGUUACUGUCAGACCUGGGGGAUGGUGCUCUCGGCAGUGGUAACGGCGGGAUUUCUCCCGUUUCGGGUCCGUACGGUGUGCCCAACAAACCCCAGAACUUCCCUCCUUUCCCCAGCUCCAGUCAACCUUCGGUGCUCCUAGGAGAGGACCCUCCGCCCUUUUCCCCUCUCACCUCCCCUGAGAGUGGAAAUGCUCCUGUUAUCAGCUGCAGGGUGUGUCAAAGCCUCAUCUCUGUGGAGGGCAAGACCCACCAACACGUGGUGAAAUGUGGAGUGUGCAAUGAAGCCACGCCCAUUAAGAACGCCCCAGCAGGGAAGAAGUACGUUCGCUGCCCCUGCAACUGUCUUCUCAUCUGCAAAGUCACUUCUCAGAGGAUUGCUUGUCCCCGACCAUAUUGUAAGAGGAUAAUAAACCUGGGUCCGGUACAUCCUGGUCCGGCCAGUCCUGACCCCCAGCCCGCUGGGGCCCGAGUAUCCUGUGGACACUGCAGCAACACCUUCUUGUGGACAGAGUUCACAGACCGGACGCUGGCCAGAUGCCCACACUGCAGGAAAGUCUCAUCGAUUGGUCAGCGGUACCCCCGGAGGCGGAGCUUGUGGUGUUUUCUACUCUGCUUGCUAUUCAGCGUUUCCACUGCUGGGCUGAUGGCUGGAACAUGGGUGAAGGCUCAGACCUACCCGGGGAUCUACGCCUCGUGGGCCGUCAUGCUGCUCCUGGUUCUCGUCAUGUUGGCCCGGGCCUUCUACUGGUUGUGCAUGCGGGUCAGCCAGCCUCUCCAGAACUUCACAUAAAAGCCCUCUUCCCAACCCACCCAGCAGGAGGAAUGUUGGCUUCAAAAAAAUCAAAAGAAUUAAUAUAUAUAUAUUUAAAUCUAAAUCCUGGAACAAGAUGUUCUCCUCCUCCUGUUCCCGUUUCCUUUUAGUCAAACCUGAAGGUGGCAGCUGCGACUGCUACACAUCUACUUAUGAAGUCACUUAUAGCCUGCUGUACUGAUGAUCUACUCUAAUCUCGUGGCCAGUGUGGGAUCCAUUUUAACAUUUUAUCUCCUCUUUUCCUCCUUUACUCCUCUGCUGCUGCAUCUCUGUCAGUCUGUUGCAUUCCUAAGCUUCAAUUCUUAGUUCUCGACUUAUUUUUGAUUUGGAAAGGACUCCAUCAAGAUUUCACGCAACAAAUCAGCAUUUCACGUCCUUAAACUGUGAGACAAAGCUUUUUAAUCGAUGCCAGUAGAGAAUGAUCGUCUGGAGAGAUCUCAGCCUCCUUUUGUGAGUCGAGAGACCAAGCAGCUGUUGAAAUGUGUCUGAAAAAUGGAAUUCAGAGAUAUUUGAAGGCAGGCUAUGAUUUCCUUUAACUUAAUGUUUAUUCUCCCAAGACUGACUUUGAUCCAAAUCAGCUUGAAAGCCUUAAAAGGUGGUGUGAUGGAAGGAUUCAGCAUACAGUCGUAUGUACAGCCACACAACAAAGAGGAGACGCUCUAUAUAGCCGCUCAGCCUCCACCUUCAAAGCUCACUUUCUUCACACGUUGGUCCUCGUCUCCAUGAUGGAGGAAGUGACUUAAAAGGUGUUUUGUUGUGAAGCCUCAUCUGUAGCUCGUUUCUAUAAACCCAAACCGCCUACAGGUUUAGGCGUCUAGUUUUAUUUUUUCUCGUCUUUUUUUUCUCUAUAAUUAAUAGCAAAGUUUUAAAAAGCUAUGCCUAUUACUGAGAUGAGUACAGAUGAUCUGUCUGCAUUUGGAUCACCUUUAAUAUUCCAAAUAAUAUAAGAUAGACUCUAACGUUGGUCUAUUUAAAGCCACAAACUCCAGUUUCUGCUUUUAUUUUGAAAUUCUUCAUAGAUUUACAGCUGCUAUCAGAACUCCUGAAUGGAGUUGUUUAUUUGUUGGCACUGCUUCCGUUUGGGUUUGAGGUUUUUUGGUCUGUUGAAGAUGGAGGCUGAGCUGGACGUGACAAAAUAAACCCGAACAAACACUACAAACAGGCUCCCUCGGUGUCUGUGGUUUUGGCUGUGGUGAGAUCUAUGAUUUGUGUACAGUAUUUUUUGUUGUUGGAUUGUGAAUGUUUUUGUUGUUAAUGAACAAAGUGACUAAAUGAUUUCUGUUGCAGCUACAUGCUUCUGCUGCGAUUGUAAGUUUAUUUGUUUAUAAGGUUUUAUUUUGCAUCUCUUCUGUUUGAUCUGUUACUAACCCAAUGAGCCUCUGGAUGCCUGGUCGUGUCCACACACACACACACACACACACACACACACACACACCCACACACACACACACACACACACACACACACCAUUACAUUUGUUUCAAGUGCUACCAUUCUCACCUGCAGACAUGUGCCCAGCACCUUAAACCGAUGUGAGAAACUGCAUUAACCGAGGGUGAGAGGCAGUUAUCCUGCUGGAUUGAACUAAGGUCGUAUGUUCGUAUGAAAUUGUCAUGUUAUUUAUUAUAAACACUGCAAAAAAGGAAAAAAAGGUCAAUUUAACUACUGUUUUUUUAACCUGACUGUAAGUAAGUCUGAACGUUUCCAUGUGAUGCCUGAAGCUAUGUGCACACGCAGGAGCAAUUAGAAGGUAAUAAUGAACGGAUCUUUUUCUUUUUUUCUGCAGUGGUCAUGUUUUAUCAGUGACUGCAAAUGAAAUGAAAUCAUGUUAAUGCCAGUAAUCAAAAAUACGGCUGAUGCUCUUUUCAGAGUUUGUUUACACUCAAAUAAAGACAUGAUGCACAAAA